UUCCUCCUCCCUUCCCGGGGCGUCUUCUCUAUCCAGUCCGCGCAUUUCUAUGGUGUGCUGAAGGAUCAGGGAGCGCAUGCGCACUGCCUCCCUGUGCCGGCCGGCUCCACACUGAGGAAGGGCGAGCAGAGGGACCAUUGAAAGAUGGAAGCGGCGGCUAGAGAAGAGCUAGACAUGGAAGUAAUGAAGCCUUUAAUUGGAGAACAGAAUUCGGGCAGCAUCUCUGAUGAUGAGCACGAUAAUGAAUUGUUACCAGUUGAGAAGCAUUACCAACUUGAUAAUCAAGAGGGCAUUACGUUUGUGCAAACACUUACUCAUCUCCUCAAAGGAAACAUUGGAACUGGGCUUCUAGGGCUUCCACUUGCGAUAAAAAAUGCAGGCAUUGUGCUUGGACCAAUCAGCCUUGUGCUUAUAGGAGUUGUAUCUGUUCAUUGUAUGCACAUCUUGGUACGAUGCAGCCACCAUCUGUGUCAGAGGUUGAAAAAGACCUCAUUAGGGUAUAGUGACACAGUUAGUUACGCCAUGGAAGUAGGGCCCCUAAACAGCCUUCAGAAAAGAGCUUCCUGGGGAAGGUGUGUCGUUGACUUUUUUCUUGUGAUUACACAACUGGGAUUUUGCAGCGUUUAUGUUGUAUUCUUAGCAGAAAAUGUGAAACAAGUCCAUGAAGGAUUUUUGGAGAACAGGAUUGUACCCAUGAAUGACACUAGUACCAGUGGUCCCUCUGAGAAAAAGAGUGUUGAUUUGCGAAUAUACAUGCUGUGUUUUGUGCCAUUUAUUAUCCUUCUGGUCUUCAUUCGUGACCUUAAGAGCCUGUCUAUGCUUUCGUUCCUUGCCAAUAUUUCCAUGGCUGUCAGCCUGGUAAUUAUUUACCAGUACAUCGUUCGAGAUAUAUCUGAUCCUCGAAAACUUCCCUCUGUGGCUGGUUGGAAGAAAUAUCCACUUUUUUUUGGUACUGCCAUAUUUGCUUUUGAAGGCAUCGGUGUGGUGCUCCCCCUGGAAAAUAGAAUGAAAGAAACCCAACGUUUCACACAGGCACUGAACAUUGGCAUGGGAAUUGUUAUGACCUUGUAUAUCACUCUAGCCACUCUAGGAUACCUGCGUUUUGGGGAUGAAAUCAAAGGCAGCAUCACUUUAAAUCUGCCACAAGAAGUAUGGUUGUAUCAAUCCGUGAAAAUUCUGUAUUCCUUUGGGAUUUUUGUGACCUAUUCAAUUCAGUACUACGUUCCAGCAGAAAUCAUCAUUCCAGCAAUUACCUCAAAAGUGCAGCAAAAAUGGAAGCUGUUCUGUGAAUUUAUGGUCAGGACACUCUUGGUCUGCUCAACCUGUGCUGUAGCAGUCUUGAUCCCUCACCUAGACCUGGUGAUUUCCUUUGUUGGUGCCGUAAGCAGCAGCACUUUGGCAUUGAUCCUGCCACCUUUGGUUGAAGUCCUCACAUUUUACAAGGAAAACUUAAGUGUGUGGAUAAUACUUAAAGACAUCUUUAUAGCUGUCAUUGGAGUCGUUGGCUUUUUAACAGGGACAUAUGUGACAGUUGAAGAGAUCAUUUAUCCUGCUGCGACAGUCUUCGUUAACACUACAGAGAGCCCCUUUGAAGAUUUGAACACUACGCACUUGGUGACUGGUUUCAAUUAAUGGUGAGAGAACCAAGAAUCAUUUUGUUCCUAGGUGUGGGUUCUGAUUAGGAGAAAAAGAUCAUGAUAGAGCCUGUAGUUGGAAGUAUGGGCCAUAUUCAAAUGAACUGAAAAAUUAAUUUCUGAACAAUAACACACCUCUUUCCUCCUCCUCCUCAUUUGCCCAUUGUGUAAAUCCUUCAGACCAGAUCUUUGUGUUAAGACUCUCAAGCCUCCUCUGCUCUAUCUAGAGAAGGAAAGGACUGGUUUAGUUGUUGGGGGUGGGAAAUAUUUAUGUAUGAAUUGCACGUGCAACCAAAUAUAAUUAAUCAGAAAAUCAAAAUGCCUACUCAAAAGGGUGAAAUCCACCCCACACAUCCCAGCACCAACGUGAUGCCUGUGCACCACUUACAUCUCAUUAAAGCCCCGUUUUAAGGGGAUGGGGUGGGACUUAAGUAGUGUGUAGAUUUUCUGCUGGCUCUCAGUGAAGGGGUGAAUUUCUCCCCAGUGGAUAAUAGUUACUAUAUAUAUAGCUUGGAUUGUUAGUAAUGUUUCCAGGGACCUGUAGACUUACUACCUGGAAGUGUUUCCUUUCAACAACUAUAAGUGCUUCGCUCUGAUUACUGGGCGUUAGUAUGUCUUAAAUCAAUGUGGUUUUGAAAAAUUACUGUGACUGUUCUUGCAGUCUGUUCACACUGGCAUCAAUGGAGUUCUGAAGACCUAAAGCCUUCAGGAGCAAGGUCUUAGUGCUUAACAUGUACUGCAGACCACCAGUGUCAAUCAGUUUAUGUGCCAUUAGGCACGAGGUCACUUUUUCAUGCAAUCCAGAUCAAUAACAAGCAUUUUAGUUGAAGUAUGUAAAAGAUACCAAGCUCCUUCAGGAAAAUCCUCCAUCCCUUUCUUGCAAGCUGCUCUGUAUGGGUAAC